AUGCAGAAGACUUUUUUCGACAUAAAACAUAGGUUAUUGAGCGCAUUGGACGAUGAAUACAAUGUUACCGACAUGUCUACAGUGUUCGAGGUUAUUUCAACCCUUGAACAACUACCGGUUACCACGGAGGUGCUCGAGGCAACUCGUAUUGGUAAAAUGGUUAAUGAAUUACGACGUAAAACUGUGGACAAACAGUUGGCCAAACGUGCAAAGGAGCUUGUACAGAGAUGGCGUAACCUAAUGAUAAAUAGUGCUCAAGUCAUACAACAGGCUAAGCUUCCUUCCUCACAGCCCAAUGGCAUGCUUAGCAACCAUAGUAAAAGACCUAUGACUUCACCUGAUCAAUAUACAGCUCCUCUCAAAAAACCAAAAUUAAAUGGAAUGCCUUCUCUGAACUCAACCAUCAAGUCACCACCAGUUGAAAAAACACCAGAAUCAGUACCUAGUCCUGUUAAUGAGCCCAGUCCAGAACCUGAUCCUAUUUUAGAACCACAGGGUCCAAAAAAACGUGGGCGUAAAAAAGGGGGCAAAAAUUCUUCAAAACUGGGGAUAAAACCUACCAAUCCUGUGGAUUUGGAAAGAAUGGUGAGCGUUGGUGCCAGUAAAUUAAAAACCACCCAAGAAAUAAUUGCAUCAUUGCGAAAGGAUGAUGAAAAUUAUCAGUUGGAGGAAAAACCACUAAUACCUGUACAAGAGUUCCAGGACGAACCGUCUAUAACAAAAGUUGAUAAACCUAGUCGACCUAAAGUUGCAGACAUCGACCGUCAAAUACAGGAAAUAUAUAAUAGAUUACCUCCUUUGGACUUAGAAGCCAUAGACUGGAGUUCUCCUCCACCAUCACCUCCACGGCCCCCUCUGUCACCUACUGAUUUGGUGGACGGAGCUCAAAUAGAAGGUGUUACUGGUAACUGGGAAAACAGUGAAACGUUUAAAGAGUGGCAUGAGGUCUUAACUAGGGCAAACGAUACUGGUGAACCGCUUGUCAUACUACCAUACGUGAUAAUUGACUGACAGGGAUUUUUUCUACUAGACUUUGUGAUAAAGACAUUUCAAGUCUUAACAAUGUAUAUACUAAAAGUAAAUUUUUAUUAAAAAAAGUGUAAAAAUAAAAAAUAAAAAAAUUAUAAUUUUUACAUAGACAUGUAUCCGAUUACAGAAUGUGUCUUAUAAUGUUUUAUGAAACUACUUGUCUUUAAAUACUGUAAAAAUAUACUAUGUUUACCCAUGUAUAACUUAUUGGAAAACUAAUAUUACAAUUCCUAGAUCAAAGUAAUAAUCAUUGUUUUAUUUUUCAAAUGGAAAAUUUAAUCUGAUUUGUUAAGCUAGUCAACAGACCAAGUUUAAUUUAUAAUUUAAUAAAUGUUAUUAUUUGUCUUGUAUUUUUUUUUUUUUUUUUUGUACGUACGUAUCAAAGAGUAAACUUGGGUCAAACGGCAAAAUGCAAUUUCUUGUGCCUUCAUUUAUGUAAAUUUUUUUUAGCAAAUCUCAUCAUAAAUAUAAUAUUAUGAUGUUUGUUACCAUAUAAUUAAUAA